GGGGUGGGGCUACAAUGGGUGGGGCCACGCCCAACUAGAUCAUGUACAUGGAUAGUGUCAAGUAUAGUUGGGCGGAUUCCAACUAGUGUCAAGUAGUAUCAUAUCAGAUAGAUGUCAAGUAGUUGAUAGAUGUAAGUAUACGUAGCAGUAGAUGUCAAGUAGUCGAUAGAUGUCAAGUAGUCGAUAGAUGUCAAGUAGUCUAUAGAUGUCAAAAGUGUACAAGUGGGUAAAGAUCGAUGUGUGCAAAGCAACCGAUAGAUGUGUGAGACACCCCUAUGAAGUGGGAUGUAUUUUUGACCUAUUUGGCGUUCCAUACUCCCUACCCUGGAAUUCGAGACUAACAACUCCCCUCACAUCGAUUGCCAAUUAAAAUACGAUUUUUCUCCUGUUAAAAGUUAAACAUUCAAGAGAAAAAUCGGCCUGGACUGUGGAAACAUCUGCAUUGUCAUGUCCAGCUCAGCAUUUUGUAUCUAGCUCGGUUUGGGACGUACUUGACUAGACGCGAUCUGAUCUGAAAGUUGCUAAAAGACUUGCUGUCGAAAGAGCGAUAGCUAGAAGAUAGCCUUGGAAGGCCCGCGCUACUAUUCAGCUACAGUGCAGUGAACUAUUUGAUGGAAAGUCAGUGGAAUAUAAACAGUGUAUUCAAAUACUCCAGUGCCUGGUGCCAUCUCCCAGAUUGAACAAAUUUCAGAAUCUAUCCUGAGCCACGUCUCAUCUUUUUACCUAACACCUCCUGCCCUCUAAUUGGCAGAUCUCCCUUCAUACACACCCCAAACACUUUCCUGGUUGGCUUGCUCUCCCCUCCCUCCAAAAGCAAUGAGUGGUGAUAGUCAACCCAAUAAUAUUUGGGCUCAAGGCAAUUUUAAUGCCGGUAUAACAGUUGUGACUGAUCCCACUCCUGGUACUUCCCCGGAAGAUGGAACCCUUAACUCUCAAGAUGUUGCUGGUGAUGGUGGACACUCUAGAGGCACUUUAGACACUGCUCAACCAGGGGCUGUUCACCAUUCCCCAGGGGCUUGUGUCUUUGAACAGACCUCAUUUCAUGGACAGGCCUCAGAGGAUGUGGGUUAUGAAGUUGAUGAUGAAAAUCGACCUGUGGAGAAGUUGGAAACAGGUAAACAGGCUUUAUUGUAUGGCCUGACUUUAAGUGCUCAAGAAAGUCAUGUACCAGCUUAUGAGGUUACACCUGAAGAAACUCAAACAGGUCUCCAAGUGAUUCGGUCAUGUGUGAAAGCAAGUCCGAAUGCCCUUGGGAUGGCUCUGGUUGUCAGCCAUCAAGAUGUCCACUCAUCACAACGUCUCGAUUCUCUCGCAGGGAUCGAUUGUGGAGCCCAGCAACUAGAAGAGGCAUUCACAAUGUGCGGUUUGGCUGUUGUACGUCUUGUGAAUCCAACAAAAAGGGAGUUGCUCGCAGUUAUAAGAGCAAUGAUUUUGGACAGGGCGGACCCCAUGGCUAUCGAGUAUCCCGCGUCGUAUAAAUACUUCUUCUUCUACACGACAGGCCAUGGAGCAAACAAAGUGUUCUUCACCAAAGACGGGUCCAUUUCGUACCAGGAUGUGUAUGACCUGUACCAGGGUUUUCUUUGUCAAAGAUAUUUCUUCUUUGACUGCUGUCGCUCUAUCAGGAUAGACUCGAUGAGUUUGUACCCAAAUGGAGAUCGUGUCCUCCCUCCCUGUCUUGAAUUCUCAAUUGAUCCCUACAAUUGUGUUAUCUAUGCAACCGUUAGUGGGCAGCAAGCAUUUGGACCAGGAGAUGGUGUCUCCUUUAUGACAAAAAAAAUGGUGGGUCUUCUAAAGAAGCAGAUACCCAUGAACAAAGUGCUGUAUCGUCUUCAGGAAGAGGUAAAUGAUGCAACUGGGGAAAUGAAGCAAGUGGUGGUGGUUCUGAAUGCUACUCCUAUAUAUAGCAAAAUUCAUCUUUGGAAGGAACAGGAGCAAGCCAUGAAUCCAAAACUUCAAGUUGUGCCCCAUGUUUCUCGAGACAGUGCUGUGGUGUACCUUUCUGCCGAAUUCCCUGCACCAACUACCACCUCCAAAUUCCAUCAUCGAAAGAGCCUUCAAUUUCAGAUGAAAUCCCAGACUGGAACUUGGAUAACUUUGUCUGAUGAGUAUCAGGAAUCUUCUGACCCUGUUAGUAUACCCCAGCCUGCAAGACGUAGGGCCAGCACUGCCACGACUGCGUCUCAGCCCUCAUAUGUACCUCUUCAAGAAAUUGCUUCGUACGAGAGAGGCCGUGAUCUAGUGAGUCCUAUAAGGCCAAGUCACUACAACAGUAACCAACAAGCCCCGAAUGUGUCCCAAGUUACCCGUGCUCUGAAGAUUCCUGUGACUGAAGUAGGGAAGAGAAUGACCGAGUUCAGAGUGGUAUCAAAGCUAAACGGAGGAUUGGAGCUAGAGUCAAACACUGUGUUUGGGAUUGUUGAUCUAGUUCAACCAGUGAUUUGUAAACAUGACUCGGUAAUCGAAUUCGAGGGCAGCCAAGAGCCACGAGUCUCCAUAUGCUGGACUAUCCGUCAAGUACCAUUCACGAUCUCCUACCAGCAAUUCAGCAUUCGCGUUUUCAAGAAGGGCAAGCAGGGCAAUCUUCAAUCAGUUUUCUCAAAGAAAAUUGAUUUCGACCCCCAAAAAGAGCAUCAUAAAGAGUCUUUUGAUGUGCCUGAUUUGAGUGAUGAAACUGAUGGGGAUACUUAUUUGGUUGUUGUGGAGGCCAAGCGAGUGGAUGGUCAGACUGUUUGCAGUGAAAAGACCUCUUUGAAAACCUCUAAAAGUUUCUGUCUCAACUGGCAACGCUUGGUUGAAUUUGUGGCCUUUGUUCUUUUUUUAACUGCUAUAAUUGCUCUCCUAUCAAGUAUGAUUGGCAUCAACACUUCAGAAAUGAAUGAGUACAGGUACAAUGCGUCUGCAAUGUUGUCGUAUACAACGCUUGGAAUUCCAACGGCUCAAAGGAAUGCCAGUUUCUUUGAUUGUCUCCUGCACUUCGACUACAAAAACCAACAAGUGAUCAAACAUAAAGACAUAGAUCUCUACUGCGGUCAAUUUACUAAGUUACAGCUGGCCAAUAGUCGGGCACCAAAGUUCUGUGGACCCAAUGAUAUCGAGAUCAAUCAGCGAAACAAGAAGCUUGAGGUGCCUGUGGAUUUCCUCCCAAUUGGUAGUAGCAUUCCAAGUGCUAUAAAUCUACUACCACGAUCGAUAUUCUCCGUAUAUCUUUGUCUAUCAGCACCUGUAGAUGGAACGAUUGUAUUCGAGCUUUAUCGGUACGAACACUUUACAACCUGUGAGCCUCUACAAAGGAAAGCCGUGACUUUUAAUUACUCAACUUCUUGUAGCAACACCUCUCUCAAUGUUUUGGAACCCAACCUGGUCAUUGGUGCACUGUCGACAAAUAGUACCAUCCAUCCGGAAUUCACAAUGAUCCAAGGAUAUGUCCAGCAGUAUUAUUAUGAUGAGAAACAUCUUGGGCUGAUUAACGACACUUACCUUGUAGGAGACCAGCCAAAAACCAUUCCCGGGAGCAUCGAGACAGAGCUAGUGUGUUAUGCGAAUGGAGAUCGUAGCCGUACUGUUUUCUUGCAUCUCUUCAGUGUACUUGUUCCGACUGCCUUGACACUUUGGAAGGUGAUUGUGAUUGCGACUACUGCCCUCGUGCUUGUUGUUGCGUUUAUUUUCUGUGUUUUUCGCCGUACCCUAGUCAGAUUCGUGUGCAACCAGUAUAGACAGUGUAGAAAAAGGUGUGGACACAACUCAUACAUUAAACUUAAUAACUAAAUACAAUUAUACAUGCACCGUUCAUCUUUUCUUUUGUGUGAUUGUAAACCGUAUGUGACUUUUUGUAAAAAAAAUUAAUGGCGAAAUACUUGCAA